AUGUCUUCUCGCGCUUCUGCCAAAUCACCCACUCCAGGAUCCUCAUCCUCUUCGCGCAACCAGCCUCAGAGCCUCGCGCAGGAGCCCGCCAACACUGAGGACUUCGACAUGCCGGACCUCAAGUACGACUCCGAUGGAGAUGGCUCUUUCACCAAGGAAAGCUACGAUAAGCUCCGACGCAUAAUCCAGAAACAAGAAGCCGAGACAAAAGACAUGCAGAAAAUCGUCAACGAAAACCGACAAGCAAUAGAAAACCUCAACGAGCAACUCCAGCACGCUGGACAGGCCUACAAGAAGCUGGAAGAAGACAUCAAGGGGGACGCCAACCUCCGGAAGAUCCAGGAACUCCAGGGGGAAAUCACCACCCUCCGGGCCGCCGCUAACAUCGUCACCACGCCCGUCCACGGAGGACGACAAAAGCUCAAGCUCAUAGUACACGCAGCCACCUACCUCCGAGGAAAGGCCCUCAAGUGGUUUGAACCAAUCCAGGAAGAAUACCUCAAAUGCGAGACCCUCGACGAGUGCACUACCGAGACCCGCGACAUCUACGCUAAUUUUAAAGGAUUCGAGGAUGCGCUCAGGUCACUCUUCCAAGACCCCGACGAAAAGCGACAAGCCGAACGAGAUCUGGCAUAA